AUGGCAACCACAACACCCGAACUCGACCCGGCGACCCAGUCAAACUACUUGGACAUCAGCACAUCCCAUGCCCACUUUGAAUGGGACAUCGAUUGGGACAAGCACAUCAUUCUUGGAUCCGUGGAGCAUACUCUUGUAGCACACACGAACGUGGAAAAGCCUGUCAGCCUCGAUUCUUCCUUCCUGAGCAUUGCAUCUGUGGAGGUUCAAGGGAAACCGUCGAAGUUCGAUCUCAAGCAACCUCACAAUGUAAUGGGCUCGGCGCUUGUUAUUCCCCUUGACACCAAGCUUCUAAGCGGUGACACCAUCAAUAUCAAGAUUAAAUACAGCACAACGGAGAAAGGGACUGCGAUGGGAUGGCUCGACAAACAGCAGACGGCUGGAAAGCAGUUUGGCUACUUGUUUUCUCAAUGCCAGCCGAUAUAUGCAAGAUGCUUGGCUCCACUCCAAGACACCCCCUCUGUCAAGCUAACAUACAGUGCGAAUGUUCGUUCUGUUCUGCCUGUGCUCAUGUCUGCCUUACGAGUUUCCCCUCCCGCUGAGGAAAUCCACAACGGAAAAGAAGUCGGCAGAGACUCGGUCGAAUAUAUAUACAAACAGCCCGUCGCGAUUCCGUCAUACAUUAUUGCCAUUGCCGCCGGGGAACAGUGGGCCACUGGCGUGUGGACUGAGCCCGAACUGAUGGAUGCUAGUUAUUUUGAAUUCAGUCAUGACACGGCCAGGCCAGUUUCUUUGAGUAGAUUCAUUUCGGAAGCGGAGGACAUUGUGACUCCAUAUGAGUUUGGGGUGUAUGAUCUCCUUGUUCUCCCUCCCAGCUUUCCAUUUGGAGGCAUGGAGAAUGCUUGCUUGACGUUCGUGACGCCCACACUCAUUGCAGGAGAUCGUAGUCUCGUUGAUACCGUCGCACACGAGGUAUCGCACAGUUGGUUUGGUAACAAUCGCGUUUUGCGGGGAAGGUUUCAUGGGCCAUCGGAGCGUGAUUUGUCAUACAUUAUAGGACGUAGCUCACUCAUUUCGGCACUCAAAGGAUUCGAGAAGACCCCGAAGUACCAGCGCCUUGUGAUUGAGUAUGAGCGGGGGGAAGAUCCUGAUGACGCUUACUCACGCAUCCCUUAUGAAAAGGGUUCUAAUUUCCUCCUCUAUCUUGAACGCCUUCUUGGUGGGCUGGAUGUUUUCAUUCCAUAUGCCAAAGACUACAUUAGGACAUUCAGAGGCAAAUCCAUUCGCACCGAGCAAUGGAAGGAGCAUCUCUACACAUACUGGAGGAGGCAUGGAGGAGAACAGAAGGUGAAGAUAUUGGAUGCUGUGGAUUGGGAUGCAUGGCUCUAUGGCGACGGACUGGAUCUCCCAGUCGAUGUGCCUUAUGAUACCUCGCGUGCGAACGACGCAUAUCUUUUGGCUACCCGUUGGAACUUAUCUCGCACCGAACACGAUGUCACCAAACUUCCCUUUUCUAAAACGGACCUUUCAGCUUUUAAUACUCACCAGAUUGUGGUUUUCUUGGAGGAAUUGGGAAAAAUUGGUGGCGCUCUGUUCCCUACUUCUCACAUGCAACAUCUCGACGCAAUAUACAGCUUCAAUUCGUCCCACAACGUCGAGAUUCGUCUUCGAUGGUAUAAUAUUGCGCUGGCAAGCUCCAGUGCAUCCAAAUACGCCAAUGAUGCCGCAGAAUGGCUCGUCGACCCAUUGGCAUUGAAAGGCCGAAUGAAGUUCUGUCGUCCAGUGUUUAAAGCAUUGUACUCAGUCGAGCCUGAGCUCGCAAGGAUUACGUUCUUGAAAAAUGAACGAUACUUCCAUCCCAUCGCAAGGAGGUUGAUUGCCAAGGCAAGUUGCCCACUUGAACAACUGGUUCGACUUCACGUCCUAAAUCAUUUUUAG